UUCGGAAAAAAAAUUUGUUUUUUUUCUUUUUUAAAUUAUGUCACGUAAUUUUGAAUCUGAAAUCUCUAAAGCAUUCGAACAAUUAUUAAAAAAUGAAACGGAUUAUAAUGUUAUAAUUUAUAUUGGAGAAGAACCCAAUAUUAAAGAAUUCCAUGCUCAUCAUAUUAUAUUACGUUGUAGAUCCGAAUAUUUUAAUAAAAUACUUUCUGAUGAGAAUAUAAAGAAAAAAGAUGGAAAUUAUAUAAUUGAGAAUUCAAAUAUCGAUCCCCAAUCUUUUAAAUCUAUUCUCAAGUAUCUUUAUACUGGUCAUAUUAAUAUCACAAAUAAAAAUGAAACCGAACUUUUAAAUAUUUUGAUAGCCUCUGACGAAUUAAAAUUGAAACGAUUAACAAAACUUACGGAAGAAUUUAUUAUUGAAAAACAUCAUCAAUUCUUACAAAAUGAUCCGGUUGGAAUUCUUCAAACCGUUUAUUAUCGUAAAUUUCUUGUUAAAUUACAAGAAUUUUGUUUAGAAUUAAUCUGUUAUAAACCUAAAAUUUUAUUCAAUUCUGAUAAAUUUAUUAAUUUACCUGCUUCUUUAUUAGAAAUUAUUUUAAAAAGAGAUGAUUUAAAUUUAAGUGAAAUAGAAAUUUGGGAAAAUUUAAUUAAAUGGGGAUUAUCACAAGAACAAGAAUUUAAUCAAGAAAUUUUUCAAUGGAAUCAAGAUGAUAUUAAUAUUUUUAAAGGAAUUCUUCAAAAAUUUAUUCCUUUAAUUAGAUUUUAUGAAAUAUCUUCUGAAGAUUAUUAUAACAAAGUUAAACCUUAUGAAGGAAUUUUAUCUAAAGAAUUAAUAGAUGAGAUUUUAAAAUUUCAUAUGGUUCCAGGUUACAGACGAACUCUUAAUAUUUAUGGCCCAAGACAUUCAAAUUAUGGAAUUAUAAAUAAUAUAAGGUAUGAUAUAAUCAUAAUUUAUUUAAUUUUACGUCAAUUAAUUGUGAAACUAUUGAAUCACCCACGAUCACAUAUUAAUUAUUCGAUAAUAUUUAUCACUAUACGAAUUUAUAUAAAUUACGAGAUUAGUUCGUUUUUUUCGAAAAUGAAAUAUUAUCAAGCUAUCAUCGAUAUCAUCAAUUUCAUCAUCUUCGAUGAUGAAAUUAAUCCGAUAUCACCGCUUGAAUUACCUCCGCCAAAAUUACCUUCUCCACAUUUAGUUUUAUAUAUUUUAUUAUUGAUUUUAUUAAUAUUAGAUUAUUUUGAUGGAGUUAUUGUAUUUAAAACUCUUUAUUCUAUCUGGGCAUGUUUUUUUUAUCAUCGAAUAAUUGCGAGAUGAUUUGCCAUUUGACCAAUUGAAAAAAAGGUGGUAGGAUGUACCAACACGAUGUAUAUCGACAUAUCGGUAUAUUAAUAUUAACUAUUUUUCUAUUUUUGCAAUUAAUAUUUUUUACAAAAU